GCGUGCCCCUGCAGCUCCUCUGGGUCUGGCACCCCUGGGCCCCCUGCGUGCGGGGACAGUGCGUGGACCAGGGCCUGCUGCUUCUUCAGCCUCCUAGGACCUGAGCAUGUGCUUGAUGGGCGAGGAGACCUGAGAUAAAACUCAUCAGUGCUUUAAAACAGACAACUGUCAACUGAAGGCCUCAGUUGGAUAUUUGUAUACAUAAAUUGGAUAUUUAUUCUUCCAAAGGCAAUGGUGAAAGAAAAGAAAAAAGCAGACAAAAAAGCAGAUAAGUCAAUCCGCUCUCCCUCUUCUAUCUCAGAGUAUGCAGAGUUUUCCAAGCAAGAUGGCAGUGCUCCUAGGCAAGAACUGUCCCCAGGUGGCGUCCAGGCAUUGGAAUUGCCACAUAAGGAACUGUCACCCAGAAGAUUCUCCAAAGGUCUUCAACAGAGUGAAGAUGCCACUCAGUAUGAAGAACCCAUUCUGACCAAACUCAUAGUGGAAAGCUAUGAAGGGGAGAAAGUCCGAGGACUGUACGAAGGAGAAGGCUCUGCGGUCUUUCAAGGUGGUUGUACCUACCAUGGUAUGUUUUCAGAAGGAUUCAUGCAUGGACAAGGGACUUACAUUUGGGCUGAUGGAUUGAAAUAUGAGGGGGACUUUGUGAAGAACAUUCCUAUGAACCACGGCGUGUACACUUGGCCAGAUGGCAGCAUGUACGAAGGAGAAGUGGUGAACGGCAUGAGGAACGGAUUUGGUAUGUUCAAGUGCAGCACACAUCCUGUGUCCUACGUCGGCCACUGGUGCCAAGGCAAGAGACACGGGAAGGGCUCCAUUUAUUACAAUCAAGAGGGUACCUCUUGGUACGAGGGAGACUGGGUCUACAACAUCAAAAAGGGCUGGGGAAUAAGAUGUUACAAAUCUGGAAACAUAUACGAAGGCCAGUGGGAAGACAACAUGCGCCACGGGGAAGGCAAGAUGAGGUGGCUGACGACCAAUGAGGAGUACACCGGCUCCUGGGAGAGGGGGGUCCAGAAUGGCUUUGGAACACACACAUGGUUUCUAAAGAGAAUCCCUAACUCCCAGUAUCCUUUAAGAAAUGAAUAUAUAGGAGAGUUUGUAAAUGGAUGUCGUCAUGGACAUGGAAAAUUUUACUAUGCCAGUGGAGCCGUGUAUGAGGGAGACUGGGUUUCCAAUAAAAAACAUGGCAUGGGUCGAUUAACUUUCAAGAAUGGGCGUGUGUAUGAAGGCCUGUUUUCCAAUGACCACAUAGCACAGUUUCCAGAUCUUGAAGUUGAAUUUAUAAGUUACCUGGACCUGCCCUCAGAUGUUGCCCAAACAGGCAGGCAACUCCAAUCUUCUGUUAGUGCUGAAACUAUCAGAAAGCUUGAUGGCAGUGAAAGCCAUUCUGUGUUAGGAUCAAGCAUUGAACUGAACCUGCAUUUGCUGCUGAACAUGUAUCCUAAGGAAAACCAAGCAGAAGAAAAGAAGCAGGUAGAAUUUGCUGUCUUAAGAAACAUUACAGAAUUAAGAAGAAUCUAUAACUUCUACAGCAGCCUAGGAUGUGAUCACUCUCUGGAUAAUACAUUUCUGAUGACAAAGCUUCACUUCUGGAGAUUUCUAAAAGAUUGCAAAUUUCAUCACCACCAUAUAACUCUUGCUGAUAUGGACAGGAUAUUAAGUGCCAACAAUGACAUACCAGUUGAAGAAAUUCAUUCUCCGUUUAGAACAAUACUUUUGAGAACAUUCUUGAACUACCUCCUGCAGUUGGCUUACCACAUUCAUCACAAAGAAUUUCAAAGCAGAAGUCCAUCGCUCUUUCUGUGUUUCACAAAACUGAUGACUGAGAACAUCCAUCCAAAUGCCUGCCAAGUAAAAGGCACUUUAUUCAGUGACCAACAGAGAACACUCUACUCAAUGAAUUAUAUUGAUAAGUGCUGGGAGAUUUACACAGCUUAUUGCAGAAUAAAUACAGCUCCACCCAAUGAGCCUACAAUGAAGAUGAGACACUUCCUCUGGAUGUUGAGAGACUUUAGGAUGAUAAAUAAAGAAUUAACCGCAACCAAAUUUGUGACAGUAAUAGCAGAGGACAAUCCUUUCGUACAUGAUGGAGUUGACAGCAACUUGGAACUUGAGCUGGUUUUCCUGGAAUUCUUUGAAGCUCUCUUAUGCUUUGCACUUAGCUAUGUUCCUGAACAAAUGACUAAGUCCUGUGUACAUGUUCAGUAUGAUGAAAUGUUUGGAAACAAAGUUGGAAGUAUUCAAGUGGUGAUGAAUCAGAGCAUCCACAACAGGAGUCCAAGUGUAGUCACGAGCCACGAGUCUGAUGUCGUUAACUUUGGCAACACCAAGUCAUCUUCAAGCAAGUUAGGAUUCUUGCCUGAUAUGAGAAUAAGGAAAUCAGAGAUCAAGAAGUCUCUAAGUGAUGACAAAAGUUCCAAAAUGAAUUUUAAACCUUCAGGAAAAAACCUGACCUUCCUAUCUCAGAAUGCCCCAAAUGUGACGUUUGAUGCAAACUCAGGACCUGGAAUACAUAUGGAAGCAGCCUUAAAGACAGAUGUCAAAGAGAAAGAGGAUAAUGGAUUGCCACACAUUGAUGAAGAAGAUGACACUCUUAGUAAAGGACCAGAGAAAAAUGAAAAAUCCAAGAAUGAGCAGAAGGAGAAACUCAACACGUGGGUCAGCAGCAUGUACGUCUUCUUCGUGAACACGCUUUUCCAGGCGUACAAGCACGAGGAGCUGCUCAAGGACAAAGUAAAGGAAAACCGGUUGCGGGACGCGGCCAUGGCGCAGCAGAGGAAGAUGGAGAGUGAAGAGCUGGAGGCGAGGCUUAAUAUCCUACGGGAGGAAGAGGCCAAGAAACAAGACACUGAGGUGGACAUCACUGUGAUCAAGGAGCCAGGGGAUGCCCCAUCCUCGGUCCUCACGCCAAGCCCUCCCAAAGAGGACACAGCUAUGUCCCAGGCCAGCAAGUCCACUCCGAGCAAGAAAAGGAGGAAGUAAAGUUUGUACUGGGGUGCGUCUCCCCCCACCUUGCUCCAGCUCCAGGUCUAAAGCAGAGCAGCAGAGAGGUUCGUGAAGGGGACACUGCCCUUUCUCCAGAAGAACAGCUGUCAGGACCCCACAGACCAGCUGCUGGGUGACACAGCACGAGGACCAGACUGCUAUUUCACUGCAAGGCAGAGAAUGCUCAUCCUGCCUAUGGAUGGAAACAGCUGGGACUACCAUAUGAAUCCAGUAGCUCUGCACAUAAAAGAUGUGUUUUCAUCACAGGCUAUUAAGAGAGACUUUUUUUAUACACAAUGUGUAAAGUCAUGGCUUAUUUUAGCACUGUAGAAAAUAAUUUUCUUUUAGCCACAAUUAAGCUUUCGAUGUCACAGGACACAGAAACAUUAAAAUGGAGAAAUCUGCCUCAACUCUCCACAGUCAUCAUUUGCUCUAUAUACCAUGUUUCUUAAUACACUAAAGAGAGUUCUCAAAUAUUAGUAGCAUUCAAAUUAUGGUCAAAUACCAAAUCCAAUUUACCAUUGACUUCAAUCAGGUUUGCAUUUUUUUGAUUCAAAAUGACAUACAGCUCCCGCUGAUCAGACUUUUUCCCAACAACCCAAUAAUCACUCAUGGCUUUCACGAUGAUUUCCUCAUCUUCAUCCGCUCUGCA